AUGCGAGCCCACGCAGGGAACACGGAACAACGACCAGCCUCCCCACUCCUCUCGAAUGCCGCUGUCUCAGUCCCCUCGAACCCCGCGGACUCUGCACAACGCUCCGCCGUCCUCAUCCGCGUGACCCAGCCACACGCGGGAAAUGCGCAGCAAUAG